UACAACAUAAAAAGAAGACAUUUACAAGUUUCUUUAACGAUUUUCUCGCCAGCCAAAUACGCCCUCACACUAUUGAGGUCCACGCCAUAUUCGUCAAAAUUCAACGAUUGAUUCAACUGUGUUUCAGGGAAUGCUCUGAUCUCCGAAUGGGUGGAUUCAUUCGCUGCUUAAGCUUUUGAUAAUGGCGGAACUGAGUGGUCCGGUAGAAGUGGAGAAGGAGAAUGUACAUCCCGAAUUGUUUAGCUGCUUGCUUCAGCCUGCAAGUUCCGAUGCCGAUCUUAACUACAUUGGCAUCCGCCGUUUCCUUCUCCAUCGUAAGGCCGAGUCUGGUGUUCUUCGCCGUAGAGAUUGGAGAUGCAAUGGAAAAGGUUAUGUGGCUUACCGCAAUUACAUUCGCAGGCCAAGGAAUUGGGAAAGUAUGCAACAACCAAGCCUCAAUAGUACACCCGGAAACAGUGGGCGAUGGAUACCUCCAAGUCCACUAUCCAUGUUGUUUGAAGCGGAGAGCUGGAGUUCUGUAAGGGACAUGCAAAGUGGCAAACCAGCUUCAAGUCACAGAAACAGUUUUAGCUCAACUGCGAGUGAUAGCGAUCGCCCACGAUUUCGAGGUGUUGAACCUCCAUACUCGUUCGUGGGAAUGCACUGUGUCUUUGAUCAAAGCCAGUCCUCCGUUACGGUGUUGAAGUUUGGUCACAUGAAUUCUGAUCUACUUGCAUAUGGAUCAUCGGAUGGAACAUUGGCAGUAUGCACUGUCUCUGACCCCCCUUCAGUUAUCAAGCAUUUGAAAGGCCAUUCAAAAGAUGUUACAGAUUUCGAUUUCUCAUCGAACAAUCAGUAUAUUGCAUCAUCAUCAUUGGAUAAGACUGUGAGAGUAUGGGAGAUAUCACAAGGUCUUUGUAUUAGAGUAAUAUAUGGAGUUUCUUCACAAUUGUGCAUUCGCUUUCACCCUGUAAAUAACAACUUCCUUUCAGUUGGCAAUGCAAACAAAGAAAUUACGGUGUUCAAUUUCAGUACUGGAAGGAUUAUAAAUAAAGCAGUAUUUGACAGUGGAGUUACCUCUAUGGAUCAUGAUCACACUGGUCAGCUCAUUUUUUGUGGUGAUUCACUGGGGUGUAUAUACUCUGUAAGUAUGAAUUCUCACACAGGAGCAUUAUCCCGUUCUCAUCGCUAUCGAGACAGUAGCAGGAAAAAAUCUGCAGUCACAACUGUGCAAUACCGGAGUUUCUCUCUGAUGGCUCGUAGCCCAGUGUUGUUGACAUGUACUCAAGAUGGAAAUUUAUCUUUCUUCAGUAUUGCUCUAGAAGUUCGAGGCUAUUUGACUCUUCGCUGCUCUCUCAAAUUAACCCCGCGAAUACACAGCAUCCGGGCUUCCUUCUGCCCUCUACUUUCCCCCGAGAAAGGAGAAUAUAUCGUGGCGGGAAGUGAGGAUUCGAAUGUAUACUUCUACGAUCUAACUCGGCCGAAGCACACAUGUGUAAACAAGCUACAGGGUCAUAGGUUUCCGGUUAUGGAUGUUGCCUGGAAUCAUGGAGCAAACUUAUUGGCUUCGUCAGAUUUUUACGGCACAGUUAUUGUGUGGAAGAGAUCAAAAACGAGUUAAGACCAAAAAUAUAUACCAACUACAAGCCAUUAAUGACAGAUCACAAAACUCUGAACUGGAGUGGUUUGGUGUGGUGUGGAGUCUCAAGAAAGACUUCAAUUUGCCAUUCUUUUUUGGAGAGUGGAAACCAUUGAACCAUUUUUACCAAAUGUGUCACACCAAGUAUUGUAUUAUAAUUGAUUGUUGUACCAGUCACAGACUCUACAGAUUUUUUAUUUUUAUUUUUUUUAAAAAUCAAUCACAGUUAGUUACCUACUCAUUUUUUGAAUCGAAUAUGUUUACAUUAUUUUUCCAUUUCAUUCUUUUCAGUGAUGUUAUAAUUUUGUAAAAUUUGAGGAUAAAUAUAAAUAAAUAUUACGUAACUCAUUA